AUGGCUUACGAUGGGGUUAAGUCCCUACCAGAGGGCGAAAAGAAAAGAAAGUACCUUGAUAUAUCUGGAUAUGUUCAAACAUCUGAUUCCCAAGAAUUGGUUUAUACUACUUCUGAAUUUCCCUUAAUCUCGUCAUCUUUAAACUGGGUUAAAGAAGAACUUCACUUAUCUGCUAGCGGUAUUUCUAGUCCAAUUUUGCCAAUCCAUGAGUUCCUUAAUCUUUCGCGUCUAUCAACUCUGAAAAUGAAUUUCAAUGAUAACCUCAAUUCUUCAAUACCAACUGAGAUUAUUAAUCUUACUGCCCUUUCAGUUCUUGAACUAGCUGGUUGCUAUAAUUUGCAAGGCUCAAUUCCUACCCUUCCUCAGAUUAAACGGCUAGAUGUAAGAGGAAACACUUAUCUCCAAGUAAAUCUUUCAGUAAUGUUUGAACGUCAAUUUCCAAGACUCCAAGCACUUUGGAUUUCUUCAGUCAGUGUAAACGGAUCUAUUCCAAGUUCCAUAUCAAAUGCUCCGGAGUUGCUUAGUCUGGUUGCAUCAGAUUGCUACCUUAAGAGAUCCUUACCCACAACUAUUUCUGCUCUUUCAAAAUUGGAGUAUCUGGACCUCUCUGAAAACCACAUAACUGGUUAUGUUCCUUCUUUUGGCUCCAAUACGAAAAACUUGCAAUAUCUAACCUUCUUUCAAAACAAAUUCCAAGGACCCGUACCUGAAUCAAUUUGUGAUAUCACUUCUCUUCAAAAACUUGAUUUCUCUUCCAAUGAACUAAGCAAUAUGUUACCUAGUUGCAUCACCAAGUUGCACAAUCUAAAUUAUUUAGAUGUUAGUUCUAAUUCUUUCGAGGGAAUAUUCUCCUUGGACUCUUUGAUCAAUGAGUUAAGCCUAACGGAAUCAAACCUCAAUUCAAACAACAUAACCAUCGAAAUAGAUGAAAACGAGCUUCCAUCCAAAUUUCAACUGGAGAGUUUGCAGCUGCAAUCCUGCAAUAUGGAAGGGCAUAUACCAGCUUUCUUUUGCAAAUUCACUAAUCUCAGUACAUUGGAUUUGUCAAACAACAAUCUUAUGGGAUCCAUCCCAUCUUGUCUCUUCAAACACCAGAAUCUGCAGUAUCUAGAUCUCUCGCAAAACAACAUCCAAGGUACAAUGCCACGUGCGUUUCAUUUUGAUCCUAGUGCAUUCAUGUACUUAAAUUUAGCCGAUAACAAGCUUCAAGGUUCACUUCCUCUUCCGUCUCCAAGAAAUAUAUUUUUCGAUCUGUCAAAUAAUCAGUUCAGUGGAGGAAUAUCAUUCGAAGUGGGAAAACGUCUUUCCACUUCCCGCUACGCCUCAUUAUCAAGUAAUCAGCUAUCCGGUACAAUUCCUCUAUCCUUUUGCUUAAACGGUGGAUUAAAAAUUCCUUUUAGCAUUGGAUCUCUAAAUCUUUCCAACAACACCUUAACUGGAAAAAUUCCUUCUAGUAUGGGAAACUGCAGUUCCCUCGUUUUUCUACAUCUUGGCAUGAACAAUCUCACUGGACACAUUCCAAAUGAGAUUCAACAAAUACCUAUUGCAUAUCUUCUAUUGAACGAUAACUUUCUCGAAGGUAUUUUUCCAAAAUUCAUCCGACAAUUUCAGAAGUUGGAGGUUCUCAGCUUGGGAAACAACAGAUUUGAUGGUCGUAUACCUACUUUCAUCGGUUCAUUCGAAGAAAUUAAGAUCCUCUCUUUAAGGUCAAACAGCUUCAACGGAUCAAUGCCCAAAGAGAUCAGCCAUUUGGGUCAACUUCAAGUAUUAGACUUAUCAAUGAACAAUCUCUCUGGUUCAAUUCCAAGCAAGUUAGGAAACUUGACGAUGCUAACAAGUAGGCCUAAUUACUCUACUGCAGACUGGGGAGGUGGUUGGAUUAUCUCCGAUAUUCAAUUGAGCAUAAGGAUCGAUGGGGUGUUACAAUACCUUAAACGCUUACACAAUUACACUUCAGGUAUCGACUUAUCAAGUAACAUUCUGGAAGGAAAUAUCCCAGAAGAGAUAGGUCUACUACAAGGGCUUUCAAUGCUUAAUUUAUCGAACAAUCAUUUGGAUGGUAAAAUACCAAGAAGUGUGGGAAACAUGACUGGCUUAGAUUCCUUGGAUGUCAGUUUCAAUGAAUUGUCAGGAGAGAUCCCAAUGGAAUUCACAUCACUAGAUUCCUUUGGGUAUAUAAACCUAUCAUAUAAUAACUUGAGUGGCAGAAUCCCUGACGAUGCUCACUUCCAAAGUCCGGGUGUGGAUGGAUUAGCUUUCCUUGGUAAUGAAUUCUUGUGUGGUAUUCCUACCAAAAAGCAUUGUGAGGGUGAUCCUGUUGGUCCUACCAGCAACAAACCUGAUGAUAAUACGAAUGUGAAUGUCGAAGAAGAAGAAAAUGGGUUUUGGGGUCCAUUCUUAGUUUUGAUUUGUAAAAAGGAGAAAUGGUGGUUUAGGUACUGGAGAGCUGUUGAUACUGCUGCAUCAAGAUUAACAGGUUGUAUAUCUAAAAAUCAAAAGGAAAAGAUAAGGGCUUUUGGUACCAAGGGAUAUGCUAACAUAAGCUUAAUCAAGGAUACGAGGGACAUUCAGGGUGAGAUCCCCUGGUGUAUGCUCUUUGAAAACGGUAUCGCACUUAUCGGCGAGUCUAAGGAAGAGGUAGACGAAAAGCUGGAAUUGUGGCGCCAUACCUUGGAAUCGAAGGGCUUCAAGCUUAGUAGUACUAAAACUGAGUACCUCAGGUGUGAUUCCAGCGACUCCGGGACAGAUGCGGGGGACAUUCUAAAAUAUGGGAAACUUGUACCAAGAACAAAUUCCUUUCGCUACCUUGGAUCGAUUAUCCAAAAGGAUGGGGGAAUCGAGGAGGAUAUCCGACAACAGACUCAAUCUGGAUGGGAGAAAUGGCGCCUAGCAUCUGGGGUCCUUUGUGACGGCAAAGUUCCGCUAAAGCUUAUAGGUAAGUUUUACAAGACGGCGACUAGCCCGGCGAUGUUAUAUGGUGCGGAAUGUUGGGCGAUGAAUAACCGUGACACCUUGAAGCUAAAUAGUAGCGAGAUGCGGAUGCUGGGGUGGAUAUGCAACCACAUGAGGUAUGAUCGGAUCAGGAAUGAAUACGUACGCAAGAAACUUAUGGUAGCACCAAUCGAGGCGAUGCUUUCCCAGCACCGGAUGCGCUGGUUUGGGCAUCUCCGGUGA